AUGACCAUCGUGAAGAAUGCUCGGAUUUUCACCUGCUCGCCGAAAUCCAAGUCGGACGGUUUGCUGUCGGGGUCCAUCGUCUUUGAGCAUGGCUCGAUCAAAUAUGUUGGGCCUGACGAGUCUGACGACGUGGCGCGGGCGACGGCAGCGGGCGCGGUGGAAGUGGACGCGGAGAACGGGGUGGUGACGCCGGGCUUCAUCGACAGCCAUGUGCACAUUCUACAUUUCGGGCUGUCGCUGAGCAAGCUAGAUCUCUUCAAAUGCACGUCUCUGGAAGAGAUUCGAGCGCAGAUCAAGGCUUGGGCCGUGUCGCAUCCCGAGGAGCGGCGAAUCUUGUGCAAGGCUUGGAUGCAAUCGUCGGUCGCGACCGAAGCGUUGGCCAGAGACCUCGACGACCUGGACCCGCGGCCCAUCUACAUCGAGGCCAUAGACUUGCAUUCGGCAUGGUGCAACACGGCGGCCCUGGACGAGCUGGGAGUGGCGUCUCUGCCCGAUCCCGACGGAGGAAGGAUUCAUCGCGACGCCAACGGCCGGCCGUCGGGCCUGCUGAGUGAAUCGGCUUUCUUGGGACUGGCCAUGCCGUUUCUGUUCAGCGUCUUGUCCCCGGCCGAGAGGCAGGCCUGCGUGCACCGCGCAGUCACCGCCUUCUCCGAGGCGGGAUAUACCGGCAUCAUCGACAUGGCCAUGGACGACGACCAGUGGGCAGCCUUGCAUGCCUACCGACAAACCCACCCGGUGCCGCUCCACAUCACGGCCUACUGGCUCGUGCCGUACAGUACCAGCGACGACGUGAUCCAGACGCACCUGACCAAAGCCAUCGCGAUGAACCGAAAGUUCCAUCCCUCGACGUCGCCCUCCUUUUGCGUGACCGGCAUCAAGCUGAUCGCCGACGGCGUCGUCGAUGGCUGUACUGCUGCUCUGAGCCAGCCGUACGGGGCCAAGCCGGACCCGGUCGAGCCGAUCUGGCCCGCCGCGACCUUGGCCAAAGUGGUGGCUCAGGCCGACGCCGCCGGUCUGCAAUGUGCCGUCCACGCCAUUGGCGACAAAGCCAUCAGUCAAGCCAUCGAUGCCUUUGCGCGCCUCGAGCAGCCACAGCCACUGCGCCGCCGGCACCGGAUCGAACAUCUCGAACUCUGCUCGGCGGAAGAUAGCCAGAGGUUGGGAGAGCUGGGCAUCAUUGCUUCCGUCCAACCCGUCCACUCCGACCCAGCCAUGUUCCGCGCUUGGCCAGGCCUGAUCGGCAGCCAUCGAUGCCAGCGGGCAUUCGCCUACCGAGAAUUCCUCGACGCCGGCGCCCCCGUGGCAUUUGGCACCGACGUGCCUACCGCCGCCCAUCACCCCUUCCUCAAUCUGUACAAUGCCACCACCCGACGAUCCGCCAUCGAGCCCGAGAGCCCCGACACCACGAACCCGCACUUUGCAAUUCCCCUGGCCAGCGCCAUCAAGGCCGCAACCGUCGGGGCCGCUUACACCCGUUACGCCGACAGUUGGACGGGGAGCCUCGCGCCAGGCAUGAGCGCCGACUUCAAUAUCGUAGACUUGGACUGGGAUCCGGCUGGCUUGCUGCAGGCCAAGGUUCGUCAGACUUGGUACCAGGGGAAGAGGGUCUUUAGCGCUUCCUUGUGA